CUGAAAUCGCGCGUACCGAAUGGUAUCUGCACGGGCCAGUUGCCGCUGCAGACCCUGCGGGCGGACAUCGACUACGGAUUCGCGGAAGCCAAUACCACCUAUGGCCAGAUCGGCGUGAAGGUGUGGCUGUACAAGGGCGACCGUCACGAACUCGCGGCUGGCCCGCGCGAAGAGUUCGGGCGCCGCGCCGAGGAGCCCGACUAG